UUCUUGGGAAAACUUUGAUUUAACGGAGAGAUGCGCGCGUUUGUGCGCAAAAAAAAAAAAGCCUACCGGAAAUAAAGCGCAUGAUUUCAGCUGCUACCUCUGACAGUCUGUGGGAUUGCCCUGCGUUUCUUUUCUGCAGAGUCUAAAUAUAAGUCGGUGACAAAUAGUCCAAAUACAGUAGCAAUCCAACUGUGACGUGGGGGUGGUGCUGAGAGAACAGCUCCGUCUCCAAAAGUCCCCCAUCCUCCCCCCUAACCCCGAUUGGAUCCGGAGUGCGUCAGGAGAAGGUGGUAGAAGAGUCGCAGCUCCCCACCUGCACUUUUGCAUUUUUACCCUUUUCCUAUCAUGAAGAGACAAAACGCCAGGACUCUCGCCCUCAUCAUCAGCAUCCUCACCUACCUGGUGGUCGGGGCGGCCGUCUUCGAGACUCUGGAGUCCAAGCAGGAGAAGAGUCACAAGAGGAGGCUCGACGCCAGAAAGUACGAACUCAUGCGCAAAUACAACUUGACCAAAGAGAACUUCGAGGAGAUGGAGCACGUCGUCUUACAGCUCAAACCUCACAAAGCAGGGAUCCAGUGGAAGUUUUCUGGGUCCUUUUACUUCGCCAUCACUGUGAUUACGACCAUAGGUUACGGCCAUGCAGCACCCAGCACCGACUCAGGGAAAGUCUUCUGCAUGUUCUACGCCCUCCUGGGGAUCCCCCUCACCCUGGUCAUGUUCCAGAGCCUGGGUGAGCGGAUCAACACGUUCGUCAGGUACCUGUUGCACCAAGCCAAGAAGUGCCUGGGAAUGCGUCACACUGAGGUCUCCAUGGCGAACAUGGUGACGGUGGGCUUCUUCUCUUGCAUGAGCACGCUGUGCGUGGGGGCCAUGGCGUUCUCCCACUGCGAGGGGUGGAGCUUCCUCCACGCCUUUUACUACUGCUUCAUCACGCUCACCACCAUCGGGUUCGGAGACUACGUGGCUCUGCAGAGGGACGACGCGCUGCAGAACGACCCCCGCUACGUGGCCUUCUGCUUCGUCUACAUUUUGACGGGCCUGACGGUGGUCGGAGCCUUCCUGAACCUGGUGGUGCUUCGCUUCCUGACCAUGAACACCGAGGACGAGCGAAGGGACGCCAAGCAGAGGGCCCUGACGUCCGUCGGCAAGCCCAGAGGAGAGGUGGCUCGUCUGCUACCGAUCUCAGCCUCGACCUCUUCCACACCUGUAGCAGACGACUCCACGAAGGCGAAAGAUUUGAAAGGUGUCUACACGGAGGUGCUGCAUUUCCAGACUAUAUGCUCCUGCUUGUGGUACAGGAGCAAGGAGAAGCUGCGGGGCUCCACACCCACCAUGAUCCCUCAGGAGCUCACCUUCUCGGACACCUACAUGCAGCAGAACAGCAACUGUCCUCACUACAUGGAGCCCGGAUCCACAGGCUGCGUUUGCAGUCCACAUCAGUGUUCGAGCAUAAGCUCCAUAACGUCGGGCCUACACAUUCUCUCUCCAUUCAGGGUGUUCAAGAGACGCAGCUCCGUCUAGCCUUUCAAUACAGCAAAUUUCAGUAGAGCCCAGUGCGUCUGUACAGCAAAAGAUAUGACUGCAGGUACAGAAGAUGUAUGUGGUGCUAGAAUCCCAGUAAACAGUGGGACACCCAAAAGGGAAAAAGCCCAUAAAUACUGUAAACAGCAAAGUCUUACUCAAAUAUGUGUUUGAGAAAGUGCCGCGAGCAAGUUUUGACUUGAGGUCUUAACAGUAGGAAGUCAUUUCGGUCCCUACACGCUGCAGUACAUGAGGUGUAGAGUGUACACAACUCGUAGGUGACAGCAGAGCGGCAGAACAGGUUCACGCCGAGUCAGUUGAGCACCUGCACAAUAAUGUGGAAAGAUGGAAAAAAAACAUGAACGCCUAUUACACAACAGCUCUGCAGUAAAUUCAGAUUUUGUGUUUUUGGUAAUCUCAGAGCUGCUGAUAAAACUCAGGGGUUACUGUACUUCUUAAAGUCGGUAGAGUUUUUUAGACGUUUUCCUUCAUAGUAUUUGUGACUGAUGCAGCACCAAUUCAGACUUUCUGGUUUCUUCUCGAGGCACGGUUGGUAAACUUGAAAAGCUAGCAAGAUUUGAAAAGUAGCAGCUCCCCGGGGCUUCGACCCACACACAAAGAUGCAAUGACGCGCUUUGAGCUCAGGCUCGUACGCGGGAGGGGUGGAGUACGCACAGCUGGGCCAGGAGGCAUUUCAUUGGUUCUUUCCAAGCGGACCUGAAGGCAGCGAUUGGUGGGCUACAGAUGACGGCUCUCUCUCGCUUCUUUUUUCAGAGCCCAUUAGUUAUUUAUUGCUGUUGGGGUGUAAAGACCAUUUAAAAAAUAUAUUAAAAAGUCUACAUUGGAAAUAAUUACCA